AUGGAACCUUCCCGAUCUCAGCAGUACCGUUCUACCCGUGGUGGAUCAAAGGGAUUCACCUUCGAGGCUGCCGUCUUGAAGGGUCUCGCCGACGACUCCGGUCUCUUCCUUCCUCACGCUAUCCCCGCUCUGCCUUCCGACUGGCGAUCCGCAUGGGCUCACCUCUCCUUCCAGGAGCUCGCCUUCAAUGUUCUUUCCCUCUACAUAUCUCCUUCUGAGAUUCCAGCAGACGACCUCAAGGACCUCGUCCACCGGUCAUACGCGACCUUCCGUGACUCGGAUGUCACUCCCCUCCGUCAUCUUCGCAAGAAGGACAACCUCUACCUCCUCGAGCUUUUCCACGGUCCUACCUUCGCUUUCAAGGAUGUUGCUUUGCAGUUCCUGGGUAACUUGUUCGAGUACUUCUUGAAACGCAAGAACCAGGGUAAGUCCGAUGCUGACCGUCACAAGAUCACCGUCGUCGGUGCUACCUCUGGUGAUACCGGAUCCGCCGCCAUCUACGGUUUGCGCAACAAGGAGGAUGUUUCCGUCUUCAUUCUCCACCCCAGAGGUCGUGUCUCUCCCAUCCAGGAGGCUCAGAUGACCACUGUUCUUGACGCCAAUGUCCACAACAUCGCCGUUGAGGGUACCUUCGACGACUGUCAGGACAUCGUCAAGCAGCUCUUCGGUGACGCCGACUUCAACUCCAAGUACAACCUUGGUGCCAUCAACUCCAUCAACUGGGCCCGUAUCCUCGCUCAGAUCGUCUACUACUUCCACUCCUACUUUACCCUUCUCCGAUCACUCGGUCUCCCUCCCACCUCCCCGGAGGCCGAGAGGAUCCAGCUCCGCUACGUUGUUCCCACCGGUAACUUUGGUGACAUCCUUGCUGGUUACUACGCCAAGUCCAUGGGUCUUCCCGUGUCCAAGCUCAUCGUCGCUACCAACGCCAACGACAUUCUCAACCGUUUCUUCCAGUCUGGACGUUACGAGAAGAAGGAGGCUCCCGCUGGUCAUGAGGCUGACGGCCAGUUGCCCCAGGCUGCUGAUGGCGCUGCUGCGGCUCCUGAUGGUGCCAAGGAGACUCUCUCCCCCGCCAUGGACAUCUUGGUUUCUUCCAACUUCGAGCGCCUCUUGUGGUACCUCGCUGGAGAGGCCGAGACGGAGGGUGGUGAGGAGGGUGCGCAGAAGGCUGGUGAAAUCCUUGCUGGCUGGAUGAACGAGUUGAAGACCAACGGUCGUUUCGCUGUCUCUGACAAGGUGCUCGAGGCUGGACGUCGUGACUUUGGCUCAGAACGUGUGUCUGAUGAGCAGACUCUUGAGACCAUCCAGGCUUUCUACGCUGGUGAGCCUGGAGAGAACCCUUACAUCCUCGACCCUCACACCGCUGUCGGUAUCGCCGCCGCUAUCCGCACCUCAUCGCCAGAGACCUACACUAUCUCCCUCUCUACCGCUCACCCCGCCAAGUUCUCUGCUGCUGUUGACACUGCCCUCAAGAAGUUCCCUGGGUACAACUUCGACCAGGUCUUGCCGGAGGAGUUCAAGGGAUUGUUGGAGAAGGAGAAGAGGAUUGAUCGGCGCCUGAUUAUCUGA